AUGCCCGGCGACGAUGCGCCUGGCAGUGAAAACGAGGUCGUCUACGACGAGGACGAGGGGGGCGACAAGGAGAUGGAUUACGUGCCUCCUCCAACCGCUUUGAAGCUGGAGUCGGUCAUCCCCGACAACUACGACGAGGACGUGGCCACGGCCGCCGCAAUAGUCGCGUCAUUGGCCGACGAGGAGGCCAAGUGGCCGUGGCCAGGGUUUGAGGACGUCGUCCAGCUCUCGUCUAUGGUGACGGCGUCCUUGUUGCCGCCUCCUCCGCUGCCGCCGCUCGCUCCACCACAGGCAGCAUGGGACGGCCAGGAGGUGGACCUCCUCCGCCAGCGACACCGCUGCACUGGAGCCUGGAUGCUCGAUGAUUAUAUUCAUACCACACACCUUCCACCUCCCCUCCCCAUGAUAGUUACAGGGAGAUCUGAAACUCGCCAAGCUGCUGACUGGAAGAUCAGAAACUCGCCUUACUGCUGCCUCGACGAUCUGAAACUCGACUUCACUGCCCAGCAGAGAGGUACUAGCUGCGGCAUGGCUAAACAUGUUAGUACCAGCCGGAAUGAACUGGAGUGCAUGCUGCUGGACGAAACCUCAGAGCCCAAGGCUCUGCCACUGUCACUUCUGGAAGACAUCACGUGUGGUUUCUCCGAAGAUCAGGAGAUUGGUAGAGGCGGCUGCGCGGUGGUCUACAAGGGAACGCUUGGUAACGGGCUGACUGUCGCCGUGAAGAUGCUAUCACAUUCUUAUAUGCAUGAGAAGGAAUUCCAACGAGAGGUUGAAUGUUUGCUCAAGGUGAAUCACACAAAUAUAGUGAGAUUUCUAGGAUACUGCGCUGAUACUCAAGGAAGUAUGGCAGAUUUCAAUGGAAAGUUUGUCAUGGCAGAUGAACAACAAAGGUUGCUCUGCUUUGAGUACCUGCCUAAAGGGAGCCUCGAUGGGUAUAUCCAUGAUGCAUCUAGUGGACUUGACUGGAGCAAGCGGUACAAAGUUAUAAAAGGGGUCUGCGAAGGGUUAAGUUAUCUUCACCGGAAAAAAAUAUUCCACUUAGAUCUCAAACCCGGGAACAUAUUGCUAGAUGCUAAUCUGGUACCCAAAAUAUCUGACUUUGGUCUAUCAAGGAUCUUCGAGGAAGAUAAGAGUCGGUUUGUUCCUACAAAAAUGGGUGGAACAUUCGGAUAUUUGGCUCCGGAAUUCACUAAUAAUGAAAUCACACACAAGUUUGACUUGUAUAGUCUUGGUGUUAUACUCAUUGAGAUAUUGACUGGAAAGAAGGGGUACCAAUCUGUCGAGAGUGUACUUGAAAGUUGGAGUAACAGGUUGGACAAAUCACAAGGACAGACCAGUUUCGAACAAAUUCGAGUAUGCACAGAGAUAGGGAUUGAGUGCACUGACACCAACCCAGAGAAGCGACCAGUUGAUAUACAUCAUAUAGUUGCUCGGCUGAAUGAAACCGAAAGUAGCCAGCCAGCCAAUACACCCGGCUAA